GUAGCGUGCGGCUGGAGGUGGGGCUGUCGCCCGCGUGCGUCCGGGGUCGGGAUGGACGCGGGAAUGGAGGUGGUGGCGCAGAUGGAAAGCCUGGCGUUUGAGCCCUGUCCCGACCGUCCGCUGCCGGACCCGGAGCGGGCGCCGGACCCCGAGCGGGCGCCGGACCCCGAGCGGGCGCCGGACCCCGAGCGGGCGCCGGACCCCGAGCGGGCGCCGGACUCCGCGGAGCCCCAUCAAGGCAGUGGGGAGGGCAGGGCUUCGCCGCCCGCGGCCGAGGGAGCGCGGGGUUGGCCGGCACCCGCCAGCCCCAGCGGGCCUCCCGCCGUCUCCUCGGAGUCGGACAGUGAUACAGAUUCAGAUAGUUCAUCAACUACAUCCUCCUCUUCGUGUUCUCCUUCAACAGUGUCUGAUGAAGAUGACCAUCCAAAUGAGAAGGACAACAAAUCUUACUCUGUUAAAACAAAAGAUGAGUUGCCUAUUGACGAACUGCCUCCUGUUGAAGACUUAGCAAUAAUUCUGCCUGAUGAUGUUGAACUGAAGCUCUUUGGGACGGUUUCCAGCAUCAUUGAGCAGCUAGUAAUAAUCGAAUCACUGAGAGGCCUGCCUCCAGUAAACGAGGAGAGCAUAAUUUUUAAAGAAGAUCGGCAAGCAGCUGGAAAGAUAUUUGAGAUAUUUGGUCCUGUUUUACAUCCCUUCUAUGUGUUAAGAUUUAACAACUCUGAGCAUAUCAAAGCAAAAGGUAUUAAUGUGCAUGAUAGCAUGUAUUUUGCUCCGUCAGUAGAGGACUUCACCCAGUAUAUAUUUGCAGAGAAACUAAAACAGGAAAAAGGUUCAGAUGCAUCUUGGAAGAAUGACCAAGAACCACCACCUGAAGCCUUGGAUUUCAGCGAUGAUGAAAAAGAGAGAGAGGCAAAACAGAAGAAAAGGAAGCCUCAAAGUCAAGGAAGGAAGAAACUCAAAUCAGAAACAAAUGCAUCAAGUGAGAAUAAAGGACUUCAUCAGCCAAUACAACAGCCUGCUUCAACUUACUCAAGGGGAUACCGUGGCAGAGGAUUCUCUAGAGAUCCAUUUCCUCCUCAAUCGGGCUCUCCAGGUUUUUUGAGACCACAAGUAAGACCACCACAGCUAUAUUCCUCAGAAAACAGAAUACAUCAGGAAUCUCCAGGGUUUCCACAAUCUCAUAGAAAAGAAAAUCCAAUGAUGCAACAGUAUCCCUUUCCUCCUCCAGUUUUUGGUUCUGUUCAUGAGAUGCAUCAAUUCCACCUUCCACCUUCAAAUCUGAAUAUGAUUUGGACAGGCCCGAACAUGUACAACUCAUCAUACCCUUUUUUGCCACCGCCACCACCUCUUCCACCUCCUCCAGAUAGCCAUCCUUCUCACUUCCGGCCUUACUGAGUUGCCAUAAAUGUGUGUACAGAGGACUGCCAUUUAAAAUGAGGAAGAACAGGCUGCCAGGACUGAAUUGCCUUAUUUUGAAGAUGCUUCAUAUUUCUGCAACAACAGAACAAAUGCAGAAUUUGGUGGUUUGUGGGAUAUCCAUAGAAAACUUAUUUCUAUAUAUGUUACCUGUUUCAAAAAAAGAAAACUGUAUGAUAAAAAUAACUGAAUAUUAAGUAAUGGUUUAUUUUUAUAAUCUCUACUAGUUUGGGAUGAUAAAUAAACUUUUUGGAAACUGAUACGUUGUCGUAGAAAUCUAUUUUGUAAUAAACUUAAGAAUUUAAGUAGCUACUAAUAGAAGCAAGGACAUGUCGCAUAGAUGGUAUUUUAAUAUUUUUAGGGUAGUUGU